GCGAUGAUCCCGGCGAUGACGUCUCGCUGCCCAUUGGUCGUCGGGGGCCCGUGAUGGCGGGUGCUCGCCUCUGAUUGGCUGAGCGCGGCGAGCCUGGCCCCGAUUGGUGGAAGAUGUCGGGGCUUCCAGCGAGGAGUGAGGACGCUAUCAACGGCGUCGAUGUUAGGGAACAAGGAAGCGCUUUAAGGGUGGCAACCAACACUCCUCACCUGGUGAGCCUGGGCACGGGCCGGCUGAGCACGGCGGUUACCCUGCACCCCAUCAAACAGGGCCGCGUGACCAUCGGCUCGGACCCGACAUGCGACAUCUACGUCCUGGGCACGGGCGUGUCAAACGUGCACUGCCGCGUAGAGAACUCGCAUGGUGUGGUCACGCUAUACCCUGUGAGUGGAAGCACCAUGCUCGACGGUCUGCCUGUCGACAAGCCCACCAGGCUCUCGCAAGGUAGCAUGUUAACCAUCGGCCGCUCCAACUACCUCCGUUUCAACCACCCAGAGGAGGCCAAGCUGAUGAAGUCUGUGCUGCCUUCUGGCCACCUCUCCAUGGCGCCUUUACAGUUUCAGCCAAGCGACUGUGUGCCAGCUUACGCGAAUCACCAUUCAGAACCGACCAACCAAUGUUACCAGAACACCUAUAUGCAGAAAGUCUACGCCGACACCGUCCUAUCGCAGCUAGACCAAGAACUAGACAUGACCCUCAAAGAAAUGUCUAGAAAAAAGCCGCCUGUAGCACCUAGGAAACCCUAUAAAGACCUAGACCAAUCAGAUUCCAAUUCAGACCAAGAAUCCAGGCCCAAAGUCUCUAGUAUCAUGGCCAAAGUGUCAAAAUUCGAGUAUUACGCGAAACAGCAAAAGAGUAUUGGAAGAAGCCAGUUUUACACUUCAAAUGAAAACGAAAUAUCUCCUAAAGUAUUCAGUUCAAACUCUCUUACAGUCAACACCCCUGCAAAAGAUGUCUUAGGGGGCAAAACAGUGCCUAAUUACAUGAAUAAAACAAAACAAGAUCAAAAAGUUAUAUUACUAAACGAAAAUAAUUCAGUAGACCCCAAAAACUGCUCAUACGCCAACGUAGCUAUUAGGAAUAAAACAAAAAUAGACGAUAUUGUAAGAAAUUUCGAUGACAGUACAAGAAACGAUCAUAGAUUACCAAAAAAAGUCAACAAUGAUCAAGUGAAAAACGAUCAUAUUUACGGUAGAAUAAACGCGAAGCAAGAAAGCGACAAGAAUAAUUUUGAAACUUGCAAGAAUAAUGUGGACAACGGCAAGAAUAACAUUGAAACUUGCAAGAAUAAUGUCGAAACUGGCAAGAAUAAUGUCGAAACUGGCAAGAACAAUGUUGAAACUUGCAAGAACAACGUCGAAACUGCGAGAAGUGAUACAGAACAGUCUAGAAAUGAAGCAUAUGGAAGGAUUGGCGAUAGGAAUGUGAAUCUCACGAAGACUUUGACGCUGCCAUCACCGGCGUUUGACAGGAAUCCUCAGUACUCACCGGUGUAUGCGAACUUCCAUAACUAUGACAGAAAUUUGGAGGCCGAAAAUAAGAGGAUCAAGGCGUACCAGGACAGAGUGAAGGAAGAAGAGCAGAAGGAAGCCGAGACAGCACGCCUCGAGGAAAUACUGAAUAUGUGCGCUGAGUACGAGAGGCAGAUCGCGUCAGGUAUCCCCAUCACACCGACAGAGAAGCGGUCGCACAACAAGAUAAUAACCAACGGCUCACUGCCUCGGAGUGGAGCCCUGAAUAACCCUAACUUCGUGCAAACCAGCGACGGGUACUAUAAGUUCGAUACUAGUCAAAACCGCAACAAUUCCAUUAGCAAAUCCCUCCCAAUCCAGAGGAACCUAUCAAGCUACGAGAACUUCGACCUCUCCCAAUCCCCCGAACAAACCACCCCAGAAGUGACGAUCAGAAACCAAAGCAACUACGAAAACGUAGGGAGGAUGGACGAAAUCGGAAUCCCAGUGUUCGAUGACCCCAACGAACUAUCUAGUCCCAUUAUGAUUAGGAAAUACAACCAAAGCACCGAUAGAAUACCCAAUAUGUCCUCCCCGAUAGGCAGUCCUUACGAAAACGUGUAUUACAGGAACAAUGUGUAUGGGAAUCUCAAGCCAAAAUCGCCUAACACCCAAAGUCCCAGGACGCGGAUAAAGACGACUUUCGCUCACAAAAUUCUACCUUCACCACAAUAUUUUAUAUUCCCAACGCCGCCUCCUAAAGAUAAUUCGAAAAUUCCUGAAUUCGGUCAAAGUAGUUCUCCUAGUGACAGUCAAAAGAGUCCAACUCAAAAUGAAGUCAAAAGUAAUGAAAAUAGUCCAAAUGACCACACUGAAGUAACAAGAAGAAAUAAGUGUGAAGGAAUAGAAAAGCAACUUAGUUUAGAAGAAGAAAUCCCAAUGAUCGAUGAUUCAGAUGUAACUAAUGAUAUUGAGUUUAGAUAUUCUAAAAUCAUCACAGAUAAAGACGAAGAAGUAAAAAAGGAUUGGCCUAAAGAGCCUGAGAUAGUUCUGACGAAGAAUCUGAGCUUUGAUGACGUCAAAAAGGAAUUAAUGGCUGAUAUCCCGGAGUUAGAAGAAUUCGAAAAAGACUUAAAACAGAACAAACAAGAGAAACUAAUGAAGCAUAUCACUGAAACUAUCAAAAAGGUCGACGUAGAAGCUGAUUCUAUAGACAGUGCGGUCGUGGACGAUAAUACGGAUGAUCUGAAGACCAAGUACGAUAGUUUGAAAGAUGAAAGAAGGAAAUUGGUGGCUGAAAUCCAUGAAAUCAAAUGCAAGAUGACUGAGAUUAGGGCGCAAGAGGAUGAUAUUUUGAGAGAGCUUGAAAUGGAAAAGGCACUGAUCAAAGGCGAAUACGACUCCGAAAUCGCCAUCUUAAAUAUAGAACAGAAGAAGAAAAUAGAACUGGCUGAGAGUGCGAAGAGGAUAGAAGAAGAAAUACGGCAACUGAAAGAGAAGCAAGAGGCGCGUCAGAACGAGAUGCGAGAUCGGGUGGAGAUCGCUACUAUGAAGGUUGAAAGGCUGGAGAAAGACAUGAAAGACAACACAGCGACUUUGGAAGAGCUUCAAAACGCGCAAGAUAUCUUAGACAACGAGACCAAAAUAUCUGAGGACCUGGAGUUCCAGCAUUUGGAGGAGGAGUCUGAAUUAUUGGCGAACAGAGAAGACAUCCAGAACGAAAUCAUAGUCCUGACCAAGAAGAUCGAAGCACAGAAAUCUCGAAUACUUAACUUGAAGUCGGAAGCGAACAAUAACCUCACUUCAGCUUUAGACGAGACCAAAGUCCUACGGGCGGAGUACUUAAAACUGCUCAACCGCGUCGAAGAACUGACGGGCAAAGUGCAGACCAUAGAGAAAGAACUCAAACCAAUCGUGGCGAAGCUAAACGACAUCGAACGAACCCAAUCGCCAGAUAGCGCGUUUUACACGGACCAAACGCGAACCAAAUCCGGCGAGUUCGGGUAUUCCCCGCAAAGUUCGGACAGCGACGAAAUUGAUAUAACAAAGAUAUCCGAAGAUCACACUAAACAAAUGAAGGAUAAGUUCAACUCGAUAGAUCAGAUGUCGCAGUCGAUGUUCGUAGAAAUCGAAAGGCGAGUGAUUGGUGACAUCGAUCCUAUUGAUAACGAUAAUCGAUACAGCGAAAGUCCGUCUAAGUCUUCCACUUCUUCGAAGGAGAAGAAAGGAUUUUGGGAAAGGAACUUCGAUUCGCUCAAACGUAAGAAGAAACAAAAGACACCGGAGAAAAUCGACAUCAUGUCUCAGAGCUUGAACGAGAAUAUGCUCUUCAAUACUGAGAACAUUGAGACCGAUUUCGACAAGUUCAACAGCUUGAGACAUUCCAAGAAGAAAGAGAAGAAAGAUACUGGACCUGUCAAAAGUAACUCCUCAUCGAAAAUCCCUACAUUUGCCGCGUUAGGGAAGAUCAUGAAGAAAGACUCUUUUGGCAAAAAAUCCAAGGAUCACGUCAAAAACGAUGACGUAACCGAAAACAAUAUCAAAAACCGCUACGUGAAAAACCCGAAACCAAUCCUAACAGAUAACAAAUACAUCAAAGCAAAGUCGCUUUCUCCGGACAAAAUAAACUACACAGAAGAUUUAAAAGAAGAAACAGCAGAAGAAGUAAAAGAGGCGAAUCAGAAUCAAAAAGGGCACGUGACAUUUGAAACCAUGCGUAAAGCGUCCAUAGACAACGCGAAUUCUGCCAAAAUCCUACACAGAAAGAGCUGUGGGGAUGAACCUAGUAUUAAAACCGCUGUGGAUGCGCAAAGGAUAUCUGAUUCCGGGAAGAUUCCUUCUCAGGAUGAUAUAGAUAGGAUUUCCAAGGUGACGAUGGACGCCCCGAUAUUGUCAAGCGAUACUGACAUGAAUUCGCUUGGGAAGAGGACACUGGAUAGUCUAAUGGAGAUCGAGAGGAAGAGGAUGGAAAUGCUGGAAGAACAAGGCUGCCAAGUAAUAGAAAACGAACGUGAGAAGAUAUCAGAACUCAAAAGGCGGGUCCAGGAUGAGACCAAGAAACUCUGGGACCAGAAGUACCGGUCCGAACAGGCCCGGUCCUUCGACGAGACCUGUCAGAUCCAGCCGAGCCACUACGACGAGUUUGACAGGACCAAUGACAGAUUUGACAGAAGCGCUGUGGAGGAUUCCAGUCUGAUUGAUGAUAGCUUCAUGAGCUCGGCCAUUUUUGAGGAGAGGUAA